AUGUCCACGGCUGCCGAGAAGAACGAGCUCAAGGUCCAGGGUGCCGUCGAGGCCGCCCAGGACCCCGAGAGCACCGUCAGCGCCGAUGAUGCGCAAAAGAAGAUUCUCGAGGAGUCGAAAAAGGCCGGCGUCACUGCCUUCACUUUCGACCCAGAUGCGAGCCCUGACGAGAAGCGCCGCCAGGCGCGAGAGGCCGUCCCCGAGGGCUUCCACAGCAAACGACCCCACGGGGUAUCCGUCGUCACCGAUGUAGCUGGUGAAGACAGCGGGCCGACUGCUGAUCUCCCACCCCCCAGCAAAGAAGGCAUCAUCGAAGUCCCCAAGGAUGCCGACGGCAACGUCAUCGAGGACGGCGCAGGUCCUGGUGGUGAUGUCGAGAAGCCAUACGAGCGCACAGGAGGGGCCCCCCAGUUCGGUUGGCCCAACGACAAUACUCAAAAUGCCGAAGAGUCUCCUGGACCACUCGACCUGGCUCGAAGGCAAGGUCCCCGACAAAAUUCUACGGGAGAAUUGUUCUCGGGAGGUGGGUCUCGGCUGGGUCUUCAUGGAUCAUGGCAGCGUGUUCGACCUAAUAACCGCACUUCGCUUCGGUCGCGUUCGUCGAAACUUCCGCGAAGGACAUCAAUUGGGGAGAUACAGCUUAAGAAGCUUGACAACGAUCACGAGUCGCUCGAAAGGAUCAACUCGUUCCUCCUCAAAUUCUGGCCCAUUUACCAGCCGGUUCUUGCGCAGACCAUCAUCAACUCGGUCGAUCAGGUCCUGAGCUCGGCGACCCCCGCAUUCCUCGACAGCCUGAAGCUCAAGACGUUCACACUCGGCUCCAAGCCGCCUCGCAUGGAGCACGUCAAGACGUACCCCAAGGCCGAAGACGACAUUGUCAUGAUGGACUGGAAAUUCAGCUUCACACCGAACGAUACCGCCGACAUGACCUCGAAGCAGAUCAAGAGCAAGAUCAACCCCAAAGUCGUUCUCGAAAUCCGAGUCGGCAAGGCCAUGAUCAGCAAAGGUCUCGAUGUAAUUGUCGAGGACAUGGCCUUCUCGGGCAUCAUGCGACUGAAGAUCAAGCUGCAGAUCCCCUUUCCCCACGUGGAGAAGGUCGAGAUGUGCUUCCUCGAGAGGCCCACUAUCGACUACGUCUGCAAGCCUCUUGGCGGUGAGACGUUCGGCUUCGACAUCAACUUCAUUCCCGGCUUGGAGACCUUCAUCCUGGAGCAGAUUCACGGAAACCUGGCACCGAUGAUGUACGCACCCAACGUCUUCCCCAUUGAGGUUGCGAAGAUGCUUGCCGGCACGCCUGUUGACCAAGCGAUCGGUGUUUUGGCUGUUACGCUGCACGGAGCUCAAGGAUUGAAGAACUCUGAUCGCUUCGCCGGCGACAUCGAUCCGUAUGCCGUUCUCAGCUUGAACAGGAGGCAAGAGCUGGCGCGUACAAAGCACAUCAGUGACACCUCGAACCCUCGCUGGAACGAAACUCACUACAUUAUCAUCACAUCCUUCACCGACUCUCUGGACAUUCAGGUUUUCGAUUACAACGACUUCAGAAAGCACAAGGAGCUUGGUGUAGCAUCGUUCCCUCUGGACCAGGUGGAGGAGCUCAAUGUGCACGAGAACGAGCGACUCGACAUCUUUGCUGACGGCAAGAACCGUGGCCAGGUCUCCAUUGACGUUCGCUUCUUCCCAGUUUUGGAAUCGACCAAGCUGGAGGAUGGCUCUGAGGAGCCUCCCCCAGAAUCGAACACUGGUAUUCUGCGAUUCACCGUCGAGCAGGCCAAAGACCUCGAUGGCACCAAGAGCCUGGUUGGUCUCCUGAACCCCUAUGCCACCCUCCACCUGAACGGUCGCGACGUGCACAACACCAAAAAACUCAAGCGAACGAACAAUCCGAUCUGGGACAACGGGUCCAAGGAGAUGCUUAUUACCGACAAGAAGCACGCGAAGCUCGGCGUUACUAUCAAGGACGAUCGCGACAUCACUGGCGACCAGGUUAUUGGCAAAUAUCAGAUCAAGCUUGAGGACAUCCUGGAGUGCAAGGAGAAGGGUCAGGAGUGGUUCCACCUGGCUGGAGCCUCCACAGGCCGUGUCAAGAUGAUGGCACAGUGGAAGCCCGUCGCUAUUUCUGGCGUGCUCUCUGGUACAGGCGGCUACGUGACACCCAUCGGCGUCAUGCGUUUUUACUUUAGGGGCGCCCGCGACCUGCGCAACUUUGAGACUCUUGGCAAGUCUGACCCUUACGUCCGUGUCCUGUUGUCAGGCAUUGAAAAGGCCCGUACCAAGACGAUCAAGGAGGCUGGGCUUAAACUCCAUGGCAAGGGCAUUGCGAAGGGUCUCCUUAUCCACAAUGUCUCCUUCUAUCCCACCCUCAACGUUGCCGACCCCGAGGAAGAGGAGGAAGAGGCAAAGGAGACGAAGCCAGAGGCUGAAGCCGGCGAACCGGAGCCCCUUGCACGAUCUGCAACUGCUGGCAAGUUCAGCUCCACGUUGGACAACAAGUCGCAGAAAGCGUCGGAAGGAGAUGACAGCUCGGCCCUUGUUCCGUUGACGCCUACCUCCACAAGAAAGUCAAAGGAGUCAGAAGGACCGCCAAAGAUUCAUCUGUCUCCUGAGCAGCUGCUCAAAUAUGAGACUGGCUUGCUCAUCUUCAAGUUGAUGGAAGCCGAGAUGCCGGAGAGCAACACUCACCUGGAAGUGUGGGUUGAUGACAUGGCGUUCCCCUCGUACAUCUCGUCCGCUGCCAAGCACAAGAAGCACAAGUUUGACGAGAUUGGUGACUGCUUCAUUCGCGAGAUCGAUUUCUCACGUCUGACUCUCAAAGUCCGCGAGAAGGGCCAGGCCGUCGAAGGAAAUGAGAAGGACAAGGAGAGCACCAUUGCCAAGUUGCAAGGCAACACUCUGGACACUCUGAAGCAGUGCCUGAACAACCCGACCAUGCUGAAGCUGACCGAUAAGGAUGGCCGUCCCAGCAACGUCAAGGUCAGCCUGAAGUACAUCCCGGUCAAGAUGAAGCUCGAUCCUAGCGAGAGUAUCAACAACAUGGGCACCCUGCGCGUCGACGUCCUUGACGCCGAAGAUCUUCCAUCGGCCGACCGCAACGGCAAAAGUGACCCAUACUGCAAGUUCGAGCUCAAUGGAGAGGAGGUAUACAAGACGAAGGUGCAGAAGAAGACUCUGCACCCUGUAUGGAACGAAUUCUUCGAGGUCCCCGUGCCGUCGCGUACAGGUGCCGACUUCAAAGUUGUCAUCUGGGACUACGACUUUGCUGACAAGCCGGAUCUCCUCGGCUCUGCUGAUAUCAAUCUGGAGCACAUCGAUCCUUUCAAGCCAAGCGAGACGAAACUCCUCCUGGAUGGCAAGUCAGGCGUCGUGCGCCUGAGGUUGCUCUUCCGCCCCGCGUACGUGGCACGCACUCGGCAGGGCACAUCAACCUUCUCUGGAACCUUUGCUGUGCCUGGACGCAUCGUCACCGGCGUUGCCGGGGCACCCGUCAAGGCAGCUGGAGCUGUCGGUUCCGGUGUGGGGGGCUUGGUUCGCAACGUCUUCUCGAGGAGCAAGAAGGACGACGAAGAUAGGAACACGGCCACGGCCUACGACACUCCGACCAUUACAGAAAAUGGGAACGGCUUGAAGCGUUCGGGGCCCGUCCCCGAUGGCAAUGAGUCACCGAUCAGCACUCCUCCUGGUACUGCCAAUGGCGCUACUCUCGGACAUAGCAGAAACAGAAGCUCUGGUGCGGCAUCCAUUUAUAGCACAAACGGAGCGUCGCCCGGGUCUGGCACGGCUGUCUUUAGCAUCGUCUCCACGUCCGGUUACCCACCCGCGUCGGAGGUCUACGUCGUCAUUCACCAACUCACGCCCAAGCAUAAGACGGUCGGUAAGACGGAGAAGCACAAGGAGCCGAGCGGCGAAAUCCAGUUCAACGAGUCUUUCAAGUGGACCUGCACACCCGACACCCAGUUCAAGAUCGAGGUCAAGGGCGACAGGACGUUCCGAAGCGACGACGACCUCGGUGAUGUGCCCUAUGUCGUCGACGACUCUGGCAGCGGUGCCGAGAGGGUCCUCAAGGCCGGUGGCGGCACCGUCACUGUCAAGAGCACAUUUACCCCGACGCCGCAGGAGCCGGACAGCCCGCGGUCGACCAUGCGGAGGAGCUUCCUGAGUAAGAGGGAGAGCAGGAGCCGCGAGGGUACCCCCGCGUAA